ACCUACAACUUCCUGUUUAGAGGUGGUGGCGUCAUCAUGGUUGGUCAUUUUAUGGUUUAGUUUUCUUUCCCUCGUUCUUGAUAUUAAUGGGGAAACGACACUGGACCCGUGUGUGAAUUUUUAAUUGCAGCUGGAAGUGAAACGGGUGGUUGUAUAUUCUCUCCUGAGGUGAGCGCGACCUGGGCGUGUGAAAGGAGGACGAGGCUGAGUUGUCGAGCGCCGGUAGUUAGAGCGAGCGGGCCUCGGGAGUUCGGCUCUUUCAUCUGCUGUAUCGAUUACGAAGAACGACCGGCUCCCGGAAAUCAGCUGUGGUCAUGGCGUCUGUCACGGAAAGCACCCUGAAGAAAAUGCUGUCUAAGUACAAAUACAGAGACUUGACGGUUCGUGAAGUCACCAAUGUAAUCUCUCAUUACAAGGACUUGAAGCCUAGUAUGGAUGCUUAUGUGUUUAAUGAUGGAUCCUCAAGAGAACUGAUGAGCCUUACUGGAACAGUACCAGUAGGAUAUAAAGGAAACACAUAUAAUAUUCCUGUCUGCUUAUGGCUGCUGGACACCUACCCUUACAAUCCUCCUAUAUGUUUUGUGAAGCCAACCAACACAAUGAUGAUUAAGACAGGGAAGCAUGUAGAUGCGAAUGGAAAAAUCUACCUGCCUUACCUGCAUGAGUGGAAACAUCCCGAGUCGGAUCUGUUCGGACUGAUCCAGGUGAUGAUUGUUGUGUUUGGAGAGGAACCCCCUGUGUUUUCACGGCCCGUUGCAGCGACAUUCCCAGCUUAUCAGGCUACUGGUCCACCAAACACCUCUUACAUGCCUGGCAUUCAACCCCCUUACCCAACUGGUCACCCACCAAACCCCAGCGGCUACCCGGGGUAUCCGUAUCCUGGUGCAAACUCCUAUCCAGCAGCUGGUAGUACGCCACACUACAAUGCUCAGCCACCUGUCACGGCAGUUGGGCCCAGUCGAGAUGGCACAAUUGGCGAGGACACAAUCCGAGCGUCGUUAAUAUCCGCAGUCAGCGAUAAGCUCCGGUGGCGUAUGAAGGAGGAGUUGGAUCGGGCCUCAGCAGAGCUGCACGCAUUAAAACGUACAGAAGAGGACCUGAAGAAAGGCCACCAAAAGUUGGAGGAAAUGAUCUCUCGUCUCGAUCAAGAAGUGGCUGACGUUGAUAAAAAUAUAGACCUUCUAAAAAAGAAAGACGAAGAACUAACAGCUGCCCUCGAGAAAAUGGAGAGCCAGUCUGAAAACAAUGACAUUGAUGACGUGAUUGUACCAACGGCACCCUUAUACAAGCAGAUCCUUAACCUUUAUGCAGAAGAAAAUGCCAUUGAGGACACAAUCUUUUACCUGGGAGAAGCCCUACGCCGUGGAGUUAUUGAUCUGGAGGUUUUCCUAAAGCAUGUGCGUCUCCUGUCUCGUAAGCAGUUUCAGCUCCGGGCACUGAUGCAGAAGGCCAGGAAGACUGCUGGACUGAGUGACCUGUACUGAUGUGUGGCCCUUCCUUCCUGUCCCACAUGGUGAACGAGCUGGCAGUUUUAUUUUCUCCUCCUGUGUAUUUUUCAGUUUUCUCUCGUUCUGAUGGACGCUCACGUUGUCUUUUUUUGUUUUUGUUUUUUUCUGCCUCCCCUCCACUCCACCCUUUCUACUUGUGGGUUUCUUUGUAUUUUCACGGUACCUGGGUGCCAUCUCUUCUCUGACCUCACAAUACGUGUUGGUGCAGCGUAUUGAUGUAUUACAGUUUGCACUUUCAUAUUAAAGAGAUUUGCUUUUUAUAUAUAUAUAUAUAUAUAUAUAUAGUUUUGUCUAAUACAGGAACUUGAAGUCUGGUUUGGACUGUUCUCACUGCUGUCAAAUACAACUUUUCCUAAACUUUUUUUACCAGAAUUUCCCACACCCACGGCUUGCCAUUUGUAUUUUUAUGCUCAUUAUGAUGGCCUCCUCUCUCCCGCUUACCGUAUUUCUGUUUCUUAAGUUUAGCCAAUAUUAAGCGUUUUUGUUUAUAAAUUUUUGUUGAAAUAUUUUUGACUGAUCAUUAGGAAGCCAUAUUUAAGAGGUAAUCGUAUGCUUUUUAUUUGUAUUUUUUUUUUUUUGAAUUAUAAAUUAAGGUCAUAUAAUUUUUGUUGUCUUGUUUUGUCAUUUAGACUAACAGUUUAAUUUAAUGCACUUUGAAUUGUAAACAUAAUCAUCGAUCAUAUGGAAAAGUCAUGUAGAAUUAAUAAAAUUAUUUUGUUUUUU